AUGGAAUCAAAAGUUGGAUAUAAACCUAUGGUUGAUUUUAAUAACAACAAUAAUAAUAAUAAUAAUAAUAACAACAACAAUAUGAAACCUGAAGAUGCAAACGCUGCCAUCGAUAAUUCAAAUGCCAAUGCCAAUAGCAAUGUAAAUGGAUACUAUUCUUCACCAAGUUCAAAUUAUUCACAUUCUCCAAGAUCACCAACAUCAUCAACAGUUGUAGCUCAAUCAGCCAAUGAAGAUCACCAACAACCACAACCACCACAACAACAGCAACCACCACAACAACACCAAUCCUCACAACCGAUGCAAGAAAGUAAACCAAUCCAAACUCACAUACAACACUUAACUGCAAAUUCAACUAGUCCACAACAACAACAACAACAACAACAACAACCACAACAACAACAACAACAACAACAACAACAACAACAACAACAACAACAACAACAACAACAACAACAACAUCAUCAACAAUCACAUAACAAUAAUUUUAAUAAUAAUAAUAAUAAUAAUAACAAUAGUAAUAAUAAUAAUAAUAAUAAUCAACCAUUAUCACCACAAAAAAUUGAAAUUAUUAGAUCUGACACAACUCAAAAUAGCCACUACACAAAAUCAUCAUCACCACCAACUCAAGUCACCUCUCCUUCAAUAUCAUCUGCCACAACUCCAACAAAUAUGUCACCACCACAUUCUGACUUGAAUAAUAAUCAAAAUAAUAAUCAAAAUAAUAAUAAUAAUAAUAAUAUUAAUGUAAAAUCAUCAAGAGAUGAAGGAUCUUCAUCGUCAUCAAAGAGAAGAGAAUCUGAAAAUGGUAGCAGAGGUGGAGAAAGUGGUAGCACUUCAUCAAGAGAUAGAGAACGUGACCGUGAUCGUGAAAGAGAACGUGAACGUGAAAGAGAUCGUGAACGUGAAAGAGAACGUGGAAGAGAUAGAAGUGAUAGAAAUGAUAGAGGUGAUAGAAAUGAUCACAAUAAUAAUAACAACAACAACAAUAAUAACAAUAUCAAUAAUAAUGAUGACAGAUAUAACAAUAGUAAUAACAACAAUAGUAAUAACAAUUUUAAUAAUAAUAAUAAUAACAACAACAUCAACAACAACAACAAUAAUAAUAAUAGUGGAAGUGGCAAUAGUGGUGGUAGUGUAAGUAAUAAUGACAGAGAUCGUUCAAUCAAUGAUAGAAGAUCUGAUGGUCGUAGAAAUGUUGGCGGUAAUGGUUCACCAGCUGGUUCAUCACCUUCUUUACAAUCAAUGAAUUCAAUAAUAUCAUCAAAUAAAAAGGAUAAUAAUAAUAAUAAUAAUAAUAAUAACAAUAUUAAUAAUAUUAACAACAGCAAUAGCAACAAUAAUUACAAUAAUAGUAAUAAUAAUAAUAAUUCAAACUCACAACAACCACAACAACAACAACAACAACAACAACAACAACAACAACAACAACAAUUUCAACAACAACAACAAUAUAUUCGUGAACUCCAACAAUCGUUGGAUAGUCAAACCAAAAAUAAUCAAGUACUUUCCGAUAAGAUUCGUGAUCUUGAUGAUACAUUAAACAAAAAGACAGUGUUAUUGUCAAAGUAUAGAAAAGCCUUACUCAAGUUUUUCGAAGAUCGUGAGGUAGAGGGAGAAACUGGCUUUGACAAUUCUAGUGAAAGAUCACUCUCUAGAUCGCCAUCACGUGAACGUUCUAGAUCCCAUUCAAGAUCACGUUCAAGAUCACGUUCAAGAUCCCAUUCUAGAUCCAUUUCACGUAGUAGAUCAUCAUCACCAAUGAAUUAUGGUAACAAUGGUAACAAUAACAAUGGCUAUCAAAGUAGUAACAAUAGUAAUAAAUCUUCCUCUUACAAUUCACCAGAGAAAGGUGAACUAAAGAGAAAGAGUGGUGGUGACGAUGGAAAGGAUGUAAAAAGAAGAAAAACUGGUUCAAGAAGAAAUACCCUCUGGACUACCGAAGAUGAUGAGAAAUUCGCUGAAGCUUACAAUAAAUAUGGUAAAAGUUGGAAAACUAUUCAUAGUCAUUUACCUGAUAAAACUAGAGAACAAGUUCAAAGUCAUGGUCAAUAUUUAAUUAGAAUUGGUAAAUUACAAGAUCUUCAUAAAGAUGGUAGAAGAACUAGACAUAUAAAACCUGAUCUUGGAUUAGGUAAUAAUAAUAAUAAUAGCAAUAGUAAUAGCAAUAAUAACAAUAACAAUAACAAUAAUAAUAGUGGUGGAGGUAAUAAUCAUCACCAUUCAUCUCAUCAUAACCAUCAUUCACCAUCUCACCAUAAUGAUAAUAAACACCAUCACCAUCAUAACAACAACAACAAUAAUAACAAUAAUAAUAAUAACCACAACAAUAAUUUAAACAUUUUAAAUAAUUUAACAAAUAACAAUCAUAAUAACAAUAAUAAUUAUGAUUACGAUUCCCCACAAUCUCAACUUGACUCACCAAGAGACGAUAUCGAUGAUGAAAUUUUAAUUUAA